AUGGAUCCGGUUGUGGUCUUGGUGCUCUGUCUCUCCUCUUUGCUUCUGCUUUCACUCUGGAGACAGAGCUCUGGGAGAAGGAAGCUCCCACCUGGCCCUACUGCUCUCCCAGUUAUUGGAAAUACCCUGCAGUUAAGUGUCAAGAACACCAAAAAAUGCUUCAGGAAUUUCUCAAAAGUCUAUGGCCCUGUGUUCACGGUGCAUUUUGGCAUGAAGCCCGUCGUGGUGUUGUAUGGAUAUGAAGCAGUGAAGGAAGCCCUGAUUGAUAUGGGAGAGGAGUUUUCUGGAAGAGGCAUUUUCCCAGUGGUUGAAAGAACUAAUAAAGGACAUGGAAUCAUAUUCAGCAAUGGAAAGAGAUGGAAGGAGACUCGGCGCUUUUCGCUCAUGACCCUGCGUAAUUUUGGGAUGGGGAAGAGAAGCAUCGAGGACCGUGUUCAAGAGGAAGCCCGCUGCCUUGUGGAGGAGCUGAGAAAAACCAACGCUUCACCGUGUGAUCCCACUUUUAUCCUGGGCUGUGCUCCCUGCAAUGUGAUCUGCUCCAUUAUUUUCCAGAAUCGUUUUGAUUAUAAAGAUCAGAAUUUUCUUAAUUUGAUGGACAAAUUCAGUGAGAACAUCAGGAUUCAAGGCUCCCUAUGGAUCCUGAUCUGCAAUACUUUUCCUUCUCUCUUUGAUUAUUUCCCAGGAAUUCAUAACAAAUUAUUUAAAAAUAUUGCUAGUUUAAAAAGUUAUAUUACAGAGAAAAUAAAAGAACACCAAGAAUCUUUGGACAUUAACAAUCCUCGAGACUUUAUUGAUUGUUUCCUCAUCAAAAUGGAGCAGGAAAAGCACAUUCAGCCGUCAGAGUUUACUACUGAAAACUUGAUAAGCACUGUAAGUGAUUUAUUUGUUGCUGGCACAGAAACCACAAGCACCACUCUGAGAUAUGGACUCCUGCUCCUGCUGAAGCACCCAGAGGUCAGAG